GCUUUUGUAGACGAUAAAACAACGUUGUGUCAUUCCUUCUCGAAAAGCCACGAAACCAACCUGUCAAUCGUAAAACCGGUUAACUUUCAAGAGAAAUCUUCAAUUUAAAUAUGGCCAGCUCAGCGGAAAAGGUUCCCAAAGUCAAGUUGAAUAAUGGUCACGAAAUGCCUAUUCUUGGAUUAGGCACAUGGAAAUCAAAACCUGGUGAGGUUACCCAGGCAGUCAAAGAUGCUAUUGAUGCUGGCUACAGACACUUUGAUUGUGCAUUUGUGUACCAGAAUGAAGCGGAAGUUGGCCAAGCCUUGACCGAGAAAAUGGCAAGUGGUGUUGUUAAAAGAGAGGAGCUCUUCAUAACCAGCAAACUUUGGAAUACUUUCCAUAGCCCAGAAUCAGUGGAACCAGCACUGAAGAAAUCCUUGAGUCUUUUGGGAUUAGAUUACUUGGAUCUGUAUCUCAUUCACUGGCCCAUUUCCCUUAUUGAUAAAGAAGGAGAGCUCUUCCCAAAAGACGACAAUGACAAAUUGUUGUACAAGUCUGCUGACCACGUCGAUACCUGGCGUGCUAUGGAAAAAUGUGUUGAGCAAGGACUGGUUCGCUCGAUUGGCUUGUCAAACUUUAAUAGUAAACAGAUUCAACAUGUCUUGGAUAAUUGUAAAAUCAAGCCAGUUGUCAACCAGGUCGAGUGUCAUCCCUAUUUGAAUCAGAAACGACUGAUUGAUUUCUGUAAGGAGAGAGACAUUCAUAUCACCGCUUACAGUCCCCUGGGUUCUCCUGAUCGUCCAUGGGCCAAGCCUGAAGAUCCAAGUCUGUUGGCGGACCCGAAAAUCAAAGCCAUUGCCGACAAUUACAAGAAAUCGACUGCGCAGCUGUUGAUUCGCUAUCAAGUCGAACGCGGUGUCAUUGUUAUCCCAAAGUCAGUCACCAAGACUCGCAUCGAGCAGAACUUUGACAUUUUUGAUUUCCAAAUUGGAGAAAGUGACAUGCAGUACAUUGACAGUCUGGAUUGCAAUGGCCGCUUCUGCCACGUCACCUGGAUGAACGACAGCCCCGAUUUCCCUUUUAGCAUUGAAUUUUAAAGGUAUAUUUCAGAGAAAUUUACCACCAAGACCCCUUGCGUCAUUAGUUUGCUAGCAAAUUUGUUAUUGGGUUUCAAAGAAAUAUUAUUCUGCAUGUUAACAAUGGUCCUCCCCACUUGCACCAGUUGUGUAGAUUGCGCUGUGGGCUAAAUAAAGAUAUUGUUUGGCUAC